AGUUCAAACUGCACAUUGCAUGGGGAUGCCUAGGUGACAUAUGGUGGGGAGAGGAGGGCCAGGCUGUGUCCUUCCCAGGACCAACACCGGCAGUCAGCCCGCAUGUUCCGCGAGCCCAGCACGCUUCCAUGACUUCUCAACCUUCCACAUGCCUCUGUUUCUUCCCUCCUCUAUUUAUAUCUCCAAACAAAGAGCUCCGCCGCAUCCACCCUCACUUUUCUUCUUCUCCUUCUUCGUCCCUGGAUACGUACUAAACAUGGGGAAGCCUGCCAUCAAGCAGAUUCUGAAGCGGUGCUCGAGCCUGGGCCGCAAGCAGGGCGCGGCAGGGGAGGCGCCGGACGUGCCGCGGGGGCACUUCGCGGUGUACGUGGGCGAGAAGCGGAGCCGCUUCGUGGUCCCCAUCUCCUUCCUCUCCCACCCGGAGUUCCAGCGCUUGCUGCGGCAGGCGGAGGAGGAGUUCGGCUUCGACCACGAGCAGGGCCUCACUAUCCCCUGCGAGGAGGUCGCCUUUAGGACCCUGAUCACCGCCGCUCUCCGGUGAACCCAGGCCGUCAAUUCUUUGUCGUUAUCUUCCUGCUAGACUCUGUACAUGUGUUCUCUACUGUGCACGAGAUGAGAUGAGAUGGCGAGAAAAAAGAUAGCCACAAUAAUAUUGUUCGUCCAUCCUCAGUUAAUUCUGAGCUAAACAUCAAUAACUUAAAUUGCUCGGACCAUCA